AUGGAGAAGUUGUUCUAUAAAAUUCCGAUUUCCGUGUUACGCGAUGAUGUAAAGUAUGAUUCAUUCGUUAUCAGCAAUGACGAAGAUAUCAGUGCCGGUGAUUGCACCGAGCCAGAUUUAGUGGCUUCACCAUCCUUUGCCGUCAAUCUGAAUCGCAGUUGUGAUGCAUUAGUUGGUGAGGCUGGACCGUUGGGAGACGGUGAUUUCGCGGCUCCCAGUUCUCCUCCGUGUGUUCCGGUAUUCGGAGUGGUUGGAGCACCCGAUGGGGUUGAGGAUGCAUUGCAGGAUGAUGAUGAUGAUGAUGAUGUGGAGCCCGCAACGAUUGCUGAUGAUAGCGAGGAGGAGACACCACGGACGACUCUACCUGUGGGUGGGAGAGCAUCUAGUUCCGGUACUAAUCAGUACCCCCUCCCCACUUCUCUGCUCUGUACUUGGAUGCCAUGGCUCCUCAGGAGGAUCCCUCUGUACCUGUUGGCUUUGGGGCAAGGGACACACAAAAUGCAGGAGACCUAUAGCAUUCGCCGCGGGGUUGAGUACAAGGCAUUAGAGUCGGAUCACCGCAAGUACUAUGGCAAGUGCAAGGAGUUCGGGAACGGGUGCGUAUGGCUAAUCCGGGCCAGUCUCCGCCAGCGCAAAGGAAUUUGGAAGGUAAAACGGUACAAUGGUCCUCAUACUUGUCUAGCCACAUCGAUCUCUAGUGACCACGGAAAGCUUGAUUAUCAUGUCAUAUCGGCCUUCAUUAUGCCCCUGAUCAGAGCUGAUGCUGCCACGUCGAUUAAGGUACUGCAGAAUGCCAUGGAAGCACACUUCGGAUUCAGACUGACGUACAGGAGGAUUUGA